AUGGCGAUAAGCGCUGCCAUGCCUCCAGGUCAGCAUCCAUACCUCGUUGAAAUCAAUCGAGUUACAAGCGCCCUGUCAGAACUCAGCGGUAUAACUCGUCUUGCUCUGCUCGGGCCAAGGGAUGCAAGCAAGAAUACGCCAGCAACCGUGGUAAGCACUAGUGUACUCGAGUGGGUUGUAGACCACUACCACCAUCUCCGAGACUUGAGGCUCGAGAUUGAGUCCUGUCGGUUGGACAGCCUGAGAAGUUUGACAGCAUUGCGGGCGCUUCGGCUCUCGGGUUAUUCGGAGACGAGCCCUCUCAAAACUGCAGAUGUCUUGAGCAGGCUUGGAUCCUUGGAGGAUCUGUACAUCAGUGGCCCGUCACGAGAAGUGCAAAUACAACAGAAGCAUGGCACUCCGUCGCGGAUUGUUCAGUCGGUGUCGAACUCCACCUUUGAACAAGUCAAGCCCCUGAAGCGUCUGAGUAUCAAAGAGGUUGUGAAUCCACGCGGUGAAGGCAGUGGCCUCCUGACAUUCAAGACCGUCAAGGCUCUUUACGAGAUACACCGGGACAGCCUUCAGGUGCUCCACAUUUCAGCAAGUGAGACGCCUUCCGGGUCUUUUGUUGCAUAUCUGUCGGCCUUCUUGAUCGCCGCUUCAGAAUUGCAUGAGUUAUACUUGACGUGGCCAGGAAUGGACGACGACUUUGUGGAUAACUUUCCAAACCCGGUCCGGCGGCUGAAGUUGGCCGUGUCCUCACCCGCGCAGGCGCAGGCCAUUGUGUAUCGAUUGGCCGCCGUGAGGUAUCGCUUGAGGUUUCUCCAACAAAUCCGAUUUAGCGUAAUCAACGCACCAACGACGGUAAUGGAAUUGGAUCACAAGCAACAAUGCUCGAGUUUCGGUCUGCCGAUUCCACACUUAGCAGUUCACAUCAAUUCACCAUGGCCUACCAGCUGGGAAAUAUGGCAGCCUCUACCACAGGACUGA